UCACUAUCUAUCACUGACGAAACUCCGAUUCCAUUUCCAACCACAUCGAAUAGCCUCAAAAGCCGCCGCCGCCACUCACCAGAACCAUGUUGAGGCAAACAUCCCGCCUUUUUGGCAGAUCCCUUACUCAACAGCCAAAGAUGAUGAUGGGUCGAGCCAUGUCAACAGAGGUGCCAGCCACGGCCUCCGUCGAUUCCGACUUCGUAGAAUCGUGGAGAAAGGUGGUUCCAAAUAUGGACCCACCCAAGACUCCAGCGGCUUUCAUGCAACCUCGCCCGUCUACUCCCUCUACUAUUCCAUCUAAGCUCACUGUUAAUUUUGUGCUUCCUUAUGCAUCUGAGCUUUCCACCAAAGAGGUUGACAUGGUCAUCAUGCCUGCAACAACUGGGCAAAUGGGUGUUUUGCCAGGACACGUACCCACAAUUGCUGAACUGAAGCCUGGAAUCUUAUCAGUUCAUGAAGGAAAUGAUGUCACCAAAUAUUUUCUAAGCAGUGGAUUUGCUUUCAUCCACGCGAACUCUGUCGCUGAUAUAAUUGCUGUUGAGGCUGUGCCAGUUGACCACAUUGACCCAAGUUUAGUGCAAAAGGGGCUUGCAGAGUUCACUCAGAAGCUCAGCUCAGCUACAACUGACUUGGAGAAAGCUGAGGCCCAGAUUGGAGUUGAUGUACACAGUGCUCUCAACUCUGCUCUCACAGGCUAAUUGUCCCCUGCAUACUUGCUCAAAUUUUCUUUUUCACCUGGCUUCCUUUUUAUGGUUGAUUGGCUGUUUAAAUUUUCCCAUCAUAAGCUGUAAACUGCAUACUGCAUAGGCUUGUCUUUGCUCUGAUUCUCAGAAAGGUAAAUAAAGUCUCCAGAAACAAGACUUUGUUCUAGAAA